CUUAACGUCAGUUUAAGGAAUUGUUUUGCUUUUAAACUUGUUUAAUGUGAUUUUGGUAUUGUUGCUUAGCAUGAUUAACUGUUGGAUUGUUUAGCUUCUGUCUAUUCCAUAUUUUCUUUCUAUGCUGAUUUUGAUUCAUUAUCUUCAUAUUUGGAUGAGUUUCAUGAGAAUGGUAAUGGCAUAAUAAAUCAGAUAAUUAGCUUCAUAUAGAUGUGCAAAGCAACACUAGUAUGUAGUAUCCAAAAUUUCAUCUCUUCCUCUGUAUAUGCAUUCCUUAUAUUUGGUCAUUUCUUCAAAUCGGGGAGGAUAAUGGAAGCUUUUAAUUUUCAAGGCCAAAUGGUUGUUCGGGGCUUAUCUUUUGAUAUAGUUAUGUACACAAUUGUGAUGGAUGGGCUUUUUAAGGUUGGAACUGAGGAUAUGUUUCAAACAAUUUUAAAGUUCAAUCUUGUCCCAAACUGUGUUGCUUAUUCAGCAUUGCUUGAUGGCUAUUGCAAGGUAGGAGACAUGGAACGUGCAGAGUUAGUGUUACAAAACAUGGACAAGGAACACGUUCUUCCAAAUGUUGCUACUUUUUCUUCUAUUAUGAAUGGAUAUGUCAAAAAAGGAAUGCUCAAUAAAGCAGUUGAUGUGUUAGGGAAGAUGAUUGAAAGGAACAUUGUGCCUAAUACUUUUGUUUAUGCAAUUUUAAUCGAUAGCUAUUUUAAGGCAGGCGAACAGGAAGCUGCUGCUCGCUUUUAUAAGGAAAUGAAAUCACAGGGAUUAGAGGAAAACAAUGUAAUAUUUGAUAUCUUGCUUAACAACUUGAAAAGAGUUGGAAGAAUGGAGGAAGCUGAGUCAUUAAUUAAAGAUAUGUGUUCUCGAGGUCUUUGCCCAGAAAUUGUUAACUACACUUCUCUGAUAGAUGGCUACUUUAAUGAUGGGAAUGAAUCAGCUGCAGUCUCCAUAAUCCAGGAAAUGACAGAGAAAAGCACACAGUUUGAUGUUGUUGCAUAUAAUGCUUUGAUUAAGGGGCUUUUGAAGCUUGGGAAAUAUGAUCCGCAGUCUGUGUUUUCAAAAAUGAUAGAGUUGGGUUUAGCUCCAGAUUGUACUACAUAUAAUACUCUAAUUAACACAUACUGCAUAAAAGGGAACACUGAAGGCGCACUGGGUCUCUUGACUGAGAUGAAGAGCAACGGGGUAAUGCCAAAUGCAGUCACUUUUAACAUUCUGAUUGGUGGGCUUUCUAAAGCUGGUGAAUUUGAAAAGGCAAUGGAUGUUUUGAGUGAAACGUUAGUUAUGGGGCUUGUUCCUAUGCCAGUUACUCAUAAAUUUAUGCUUAAAGCUGCCUCAAGGAAUAGAAGAGCAAAUGCGAUUUUGCAAAUUCACAAGAUGCUUGUGGAUAGUGGCCUCACACUCAACCAGACUGUUUAUAACACUCUAAUGACCGUACUCUGCAGGUUAGGAAUGACUAAGAAAGCAAAUGCAGUGCUCACUGAAAUGGUGGCAAGUGGAAUUUUAGCUGAUGUUAUUACUUAUAAUGCCCUUAUUCGUGGUUACAUUGUAGGAAGUCAUGUGGACAAGGCAUUCAAUACUUAUGUGUUGGCUGAUGGAAUCUCUCCAAACAUUACCAAUUAUAAUACCCUUUUAGGAGGUCUUUCAACUUCUGAUUUAAUGAGACAGGCAGAGAAAUUAGUUAGCGAGAUGAAAGAAAGAGGACUGACAGUCACACUGAAUGCCACCACUUAUAAUAUUUUGGUUUUUGGCCAUGGUAGAGCUGGAAACAAACAGGAUGCUAUGAAGCUCUAUUGUGAAAUGAUAAUCAAAGGUUUUGUUCCCACUGUUGGCACCUAUAACGCUCUUAUUAAUGAUUAUGCAAAAGCAGGAAAAAUGCGCCAUGCUAGAGAACUUUUGAAUGAAAUGCUGACAAGGGGAAGAAUUCCUAAUUCUUCAACAUACGACAUUCUAAUCUGCGGAUGGUGCAAAUUGUCCUGCCAGCCAGAGAUGGAUAGGGAACUUAGAAUGUCAUAUCGGGCUGAAGCGAAAAAGUUGCUGAUUGAAAUGUGUGAGAAAGGACAUGUGCCAUCAGAUAGCACAAUCUCAUAUAUCAGUUCAAAUUUUUCUUUACCAGGAAAAAAGUCCGAUGCUCAGAAGUUAUUGAAGCUAUUUACCGAAAGGAAAAGAGUGGGUUUUAAUGUUAAUCCUUGAAGUGGACUGAGGAAGUUGGAGGACUGCCAAUAUCUUUUCUUAAUUGGCACUGAAAUCAAAGUCUUCCCAAUCAAAAUCCUAACGAAAAAGCUCUACAUACAAGCGAUUAGGGCUUACGGCUUGUAAGUAUUACAAGUCAAUUAACCCCUAACCCCCCAAAACACGCUGCAAGUGCUACGUCCCUUACACGCGCUAUAUAUAACUACCAAAUUUAAAAGAUUUGUUUCCUUCUUCGUUCUCCUUCUUUCCAAAUUUGCUCGUUCUUCUUUUCGCGCGUCUUCCCCUUCUUUUUCGAUCGUUCUUUUCUCC